AUGGCUGGUGGCCCCCAAACCGGUGGCUUGACCUGCGCUUCGAGCGAGCCCUGUGCCUCUACGAUAGCUUGCCGGUCCUGCUUUCCAACGGCGGCCACCGAGUCUGGCGGGACGUGGGAGGCACCGACCUGGAAGGCUUCGGUGAGGGCUGCCAUGGGGAGCCUCUUCUACAAAGCACCGCGGAGAGCCUCCGCGCCUGCGAGCUGCUCUGCGAGGCGGAAACCGGCUGCAACUACGCCUUCUAUGGAGAGAGCGACAUUAUCGAGGAUAGCGGUCAAAGAUAUAACUGCAUCCUCUACGCCGCCUGUCCUGCGGUGGACGUGCCGGAAUCAGACAAAGUGUUUCGCCAAGUGCAAUGCGGCGAGGCUCUCUCAAGCAACUAUCCGAACAGCGCCAUCAGGAAGGUUUUCGUCAGGCCGCACACUCCUGGCACUCCCGAUGCUGAUUGGAGAAGAUGCCGCGAUGCAUGCCUGA